GAUGAGGACGAGAUCAGAUCCUCACUUCUCAGUGCCGUCCACCUCAUUGUCAGUGCCAUGGACGGAAUGACAGAUGAAGGUCUCUCUGUGUUGGGAUCCUGUUGCAGUCCUCCAGUCUUACAGGCCCUGCAGAUCCUGGUGCAGCAUGUGGCAGCAGGGAGUGGGGAGACCCUCUCUCUGAGAGAUGCUGGUCUGGCUGUUCUGACUGAGGAGGAGCUGUAUCAGAGGACAGAGAGUCUCUUUGGUCACUCUGAAGUUACACUGAAGAGAGAGGAGGACACACUGAGGACAGAGAUGAAGGACCAGCCUGGAUACCUUCCUCUAGUCAUGAGUAUCACUGUGAAAGGCCUGGCCUCUUUAGUGUAAGGAGGGAGGGAGAGGGAGAGAGAGACCAUGCAACUUGUAAAUCCCGUUUGAACUGAUACACUCAGUAUUCCAUUCCAUGUCUUACUCUUGCACUAGUUGAGCCACAGAACCAGUGAUCAACAGUGUAUGUAUCCUUGUAAUGUUUUCAGUAAAGUUCAACAAACGAUA